AUGGAAUUAACGUCAGACGUUAUAAGUGACGCGCAUUCAAGAUGGAAUGAUUGUAGACUGACCUGGGAUCCGGCGGCAUAUAACAACCUGACGUUGGUUACGGUGGCGUAUGGUGAGAUAUGGGUGCCAGAUAUCACGUUAUACGAUAGUUUUUCCGAAGGUGAAAUGCUACCCGGAAUAAGGAAUUAUCGUGCUUAUAUUUCGUCUUCCGGUUCUGUGACAUACAACUUUCCGACAGAAGCCAAAUCUAUCUGCAGACUCAAUGUUAGAUACUUCCCAUUCGAUACACAGGAAUGUUCACUACAGUUUGGAUCCUGGUCACAUCACGGCAAUGAACUAGACAUGGUUAAUAGAAACGAAAAAGGUGAUCUCGACUACUACGUCAACAACACAGAAUGGACCGUUAGCGAUUUUCCAAUAGAACGACAUGUGGUAUACUACAACUGUUGUCCGGAACCAUACCCAGACGUCACGUUCUACGUCAUAAUGAAACGACGAUCCACGUUCUACAUACUGACAAUGGUAUUUCCGUAUAUGUUGACAGCCCUUGUGUCAGCCUUCGGUUUUGUACUUCCUGUAGAAUCCGGGGAGAAAGUUUCACUCCAGGUCACCGUUUUGUUAUCCUUGGCGGUAUUCAUGCUGCUUAUCUCGGAAUCUCUACCGCCAUCGUCAGACAAUUUCCCAGUAAUCGGUAAAUGA